GGUGGGAGCAGCGAAGGCGAACGGCAGGUCGGGGAGUCCAGGGAUGGAAUGGUGUCGUUAUUGGGGAGUUCCAGCCCUCUGUGAAGUGCGACUACUUUUGUGUUAACAUCGCUUGAUAUUGACAAUAAUAUCUAUCUUUUAUCUAACUGGCUGUGAAAUCGACCACAGAAGAACUACUGUGCCAAAGCACAUUUAAGUCACUUUUAUAUCGGAGUCGAUUUCUGAAGGAACCGCGGGCCGGAACACGAUGCAGGUGUAAGUAGUUGUAACCUUCAUCUGAACACAUCUGUCAGUCACAAUGACCCAGGACCAGGUGCCAGAUGAGAUCAAGGUCAAAACUGCCUUCAAAGGCGAGUUCUACAUCACCUACAUCAGUCCCGACAUGAAGUUCGAGGCGCUGGUGGGCGAGAUUAAGGACACGUGCCGGUUCCCGCCCGACGCACGGUUCACCGUCAAAUGGGUCGACGAGGAAGGGGACCCGUGCACACUGUCGACCCAGGAGGAGCUCCAGGAGGCCAUCCGACUGUAUGAGGUCAACAAGGACUCGGAGAUCACCAUUCACGUGUUUCCCGGUGUGCCGCCCGCCCCGGGGAUGCCAUGCGCCGGUGAAGACCGAAGCAUAUAUCGGCGCGGCGCCCGGCGAUGGAGGAAACUGUACAAGGUCAAUGGCCAUAUCUUCCAGGCGAAACGCUUCAACCGGAGCGCCGCCUGUGCCUACUGCCAAGACCGGAUUUGGGGCCUGGGACGGCAGGGCUUCAAGUGCACCCAGUGUAAGCUGCUCAUCCAUAAAAAGUGUCACAAGCUACUGAAAAAGAAAUGCACGGGGGAGCCGGUGGCGCCGACACACCUGGUGACUGACUCCGCUAACGGCGAGCGAGAUGUGCCUUCACCCGAGGCGGACAGUGUGGUGCCGCCCACCAGCGCGCACAUUCCUGUGCCGAUCGAGGACACGCUGCCACCCCCGUCCGCCGCCACAGAAGUGGUCAGCGUCGACGCGCCGUCGGCAGAUCUGGAGCCGGGAGGUCAGCGGCAGUACUCGCUGGCAGACUUCGAGCUGAUCCGCGUCAUCGGCCGCGGCAGCUACGCCAAGGUGCUGAUGGUCGAGCUGAAGCGCACCAAGCGCGUCUACGCCAUGAAGGUCAUCAAGAAGGAGCUGGUGACGGACGACGAGGACAUUGAUUGGGUACAGACCGAGAAGCACGUGUUCGAGACGGCCUCCAACCACCCGUUCCUGGUCGGACUGCACUCGUGCUUCCAGAGUCCCAGCCGGCUCUUCUUUGUUAUCGAGUUUGUUCGCGGCGGCGACCUGAUGUUCCACAUGCAGCGGCAGAGGAAGCUGCCCGAGGAGCACGCCAAGUUCUACACGGCCGAGAUCUGCCUGGCGCUCAACUUCCUGCACGAGAGAGGCAUAAUAUACCGCGACCUGAAGUUGGACAACGUGCUGAUCGACCACGAGGGCCACAUCAAGCUGACCGACUACGGCAUGUGCAAGGAGGGCAUCCGCCAGGGCGACUCGACAUCCACCUUCUGCGGCACGCCCAACUACAUUGCCCCAGAGAUCCUGCGCGGAGAGGACUACGGGUUCAGUGUCGACUGGUGGGCGCUCGGAGUGCUCAUGUAUGAGAUGCUGGCCGGAAGGAGUCCGUUCGACAUCGGCGUCUGCUCCGAGUCGCCCGACCAGAACACCGAGGACUACCUCUUCCAAGUGAUUCUGGAGAAGACGAUCCGCAUCCCUCGGUCGCUCUCCGUGAAGGCGUGCAGCAUCCUGAAGGGAUUCCUCAACAAGAACCCCGGCGAGCGGCUGGGCUGCCACCCGGAGACCGGCUUCCAGGACAUCGUCAACCACCCCUUCUUCAAGUCCAUCGACUGGGAACUGCUGGAGGCGCGCCAGCUGAUACCUCCGUACGUGCCCCCGCUGUCGGGGGACGUUGACCUGGAGUAUUUUGACCCCCUGUUCACGUCUGAGCCGGUCCAGCUCACCCCCACCGACCAGAAAGUGAUCGACAAGAUCGACCAGAGCGAGUUCGAGGGGUUCGAGUACGUGAACCCGCUGCUCAUGUCGAUGGAGGACUGCGUCUAGCGCCGUGCGCCGCGCGCGGACGGAGACGGGGUCGGCACCGGCGGGCGACACGACGACGGGGCCGGCGGGCCGGCGGCCUGCCACAAAUCGGACGAGCGAGAAUUGGACGGCGGCGGGCGGUGAUCGGACGCCCCGGGCCGCCGCCGUCGGCCAGAGACGGCGCCCGGGCCGUUUUAGCCUUUUACACUGCGACGCGAUUCCUUUAGACCCGUUGAUUUUUACAUGAAGUGCGCGCCCGGGCCGGGUGAGAAAUCUGUUACGGAUGGUGUUGGCGUGUUGGUAUUGGCGUGUCGGUGCGAGCCGUGGCUCCGGCGCCGAUCGUGUUAUGCCAAUGGACGUGCAGCGUCGGCGGGUGCUCAGUAAUGGUGCGAGAAAUGGAGGUACCUCUCCCUGUUUCGUCACGAUCAAAUUGUCCGACUACGGCAGCUAAUAGCGCACGCCGCUCCUGAUCAUUCCAAUGUGUAUAGUUAAGUUUGAUUAAGUGAGGCUUUUCCGAUUAGCUGCAUUCCACUAACUGCGUAGGUGUUUGAGAAAUUGUCUCACUAAAUUCCUCUAUAUUUAUAAUAGCGGCUCUUAGGCUAAAGCUUUUUUAUCUAGGCUGGUUAUAGUUGUCAUGUGUGAAUGCGCGAAAUGGCACUAUUGUGCUGGGCUUUUUUGCCCACGUGUUUCUACUUAGUCCAUACGCGCGCGGUCCGUCGCGGUGCGUGCCUGCGGCGGCGGCUGCGGGCGGGGGCAGCUGUGGCGCGCCCCGGCUGCGGUGCCGCUGUCUCAAAUCGCUCCGGUCGGCAGACACUGGCGGCCGGCGCCGCGCGCUUCUCGGCGUCUGGGCAAGGUGAUCAAUAAAUCUUUUAUGAAUU